UUUUUUCUUCAACAAAGGACUCUUUAGCUGCGGAUAGCAUACAACUCCUCCCCUUUUACUCUCUUUUUUAUCUUUCUCUCUUGUCUGUCUCCCAUAAAAGCUUCUUUUCUUUCUCUUUCCCAUUACACAUUUCUCACUUUUCCAUUUUCCAUUCUAUUCCAUUCCAUUCCAUUCCAUUCCAUUCCAUUCCAUUCAAUCAUAUACCAAAUGGCUCCAGUCGCAACUCCCGCACUCGUCACUCAGGGACAGAAGGUUUUGCUCGUCGGCACUGCCUCUGCCUCUGCUGCUGACCUCACCGACGCACGCAACGCUAUCGUCGCUUCUGUUGGAACUCAAGGAUCCGUUACCUUUGAACAGCUCGACCGACUUGCUUCCAUUGCUCUUCCUGCUUCGACUUAUAAUACGAUUGUUACGGGCGCGGUGGCUCCAUCGGCCUAUCAGCACUCGGAUGCAGUGCUUGCGGCUUUAGCAAAGACGCUUUUGCCAGGAGGAGGAUUGGCAUUGACUGAGCCUGUAUUAUCAUCAUCAGCAUCAACAACAGUGCAGCAACCGGCGCUCAAUCAAGCUUUGGCACGCUCUGCGGGGGAUCUUGUGUCUGCACUCAAGAUCUCUGGAUUUGUUGAAAUCACGACUGUGAACCAGCGCAAGGCUACUUUGGAGGAGAUUCAAGCUUUGCUCCAGGCCUGGAACGUUCAGGCAGAUGCCUCUGCCCUGGAAGGCCAGAUCGAGUUUGUUGAGAUUUCCGCCAAAAAGCCCGCCUAUGAGCUCGGUGCUACUGCUGCAUUGCCCUGGGCUAAAAAGCGUGCUACCAAUGCCAGCCCUGUUGCCAAACCAAAGCCUGCUCCCAAAGUCAACAAGGCUGCUGUCUGGACCAUCUCUGCCAAUGAUGACGAGGAUGCAGAGCUUGAGGAUGAGGAUGCGUUGUUGGACGAAUCGGAUCUGAUCAAGCCAACGAUGGAACAACUCGCUGCCCCUGAAUGUGGACCCAACAGUGUAAAGAAAAAGAAGUGCAAGAACUGUACCUGUGGUAUGGAGUCAGAGGGUGAGGAUGCUGUUGAGACAAAGACAACUUUGUCUUCAGGACCUGUGCCUGAUGAUGCGAUUGUGGCCUCAAAGAGCAACCGAUGGAAGGAAUCUGCCAUUACUGAAGUUGUUCCUAAGGCCCUGCAACCCAAGUCAUCAUGUGGUAACUGUUAUCUUGGAGAUGCAUUCCGUUGCGGAUCAUGUCCCUAUCUUGGUAUGCCUGCAUUCCAACCAGGAGAAAAGGUUCAACUGGGUGGAAGCAUGCUCAAGGAUGACAUUGACUUUUAAAUACUUUUUCUUCUUUUUAUUCCGUUUUGGCAUCUCCUUUGUCUCUCCUACCUCCUGUCUAUCCCCUCUAUCCCUUGAGAGUUUGUAGUCGCAUAUUUGUUAUAUAAUUCACUUUUUUU